AUGGCCACAGAUGGGCAAGAUCCGCAUGAGGAGAGCAUAAAGGUUUGCUGCAGGUUUCGGCCACAAAACCAGUUGGAGAAGGAGCAAAGCGGACGGAUAUGUGUGACAAUCAACGGAGAUGGGACUUCUGUGUAUGUGCCCUCGAUUGACAACAGCUUUGUUUUCGACCGCGUGUUCGGGGUUGACGCCGCUCAGAAGGAGGUGUAUGAUUAUGCUGCCAAGCCUAUCAUCAAUGGCGUGUUGCGUGGCUUCAACGGUACAGUAUUUGCUUACGGUCAGACGGCUUCAGGCAAAACCCACACAAUGGAGGGUCCAGACAUCGAAGACGAGGUCCAGAUGGGCGUUAUUCCAAGGAUGGUGUGGUCAAUAUUCGACGGCAUUGACCAUGCUGCAGACUACAUUGAGUUCUUGGUGAAAGUCUCCAUCGUUGAGAUUUACAACGAACGCAUUCGGGAUUUGUUGGAUCCGAAGAAGGACAACUUGAAAAUCCACGAGGACAAGGCUCGGGGUGUCUUCAUCGGUGAAGUCACCGAAACGUACGUUGGGUCUGAACAGGAGAUUUUUGACAUCAUGAAAGCUGGCAAGUAUAAUCGUGCUGUGGCCGAGACGAACCUAAAUGAACAUUCCUCCAGGUCGCACCUGAUCUUUAUGCUUACCAUUGAGCAGAAGAACUUGCACGAUCGCUCCGUCAAGGUGGGCAAAUUGCAUUUGGUGGAUCUUGCCGGCAGUGAGAAGGUUGCCAAAACCGGAGCCUCUGGCGAACGCUUGGAUGAGGCCAAGAAUAUCAAUCGAUCUCUUUCGGCUCUCGGCAAUGUGAUCAAUGCCCUCACUGACCGCAAGUCCAACCAUGUCCCUUAUCGUGACUCGAAGCUCUCCAGAGUCCUCCAAGAGUCCCUGGGCGGCAAUGCCAAAACGUCCUUGAUUAUUACUUGUUCUCCUUCUUAUUUCAACGAGCAGGAGACCGUCAGCACAUUGCGCUUUGGUCAGCGUGCAAAAAUGAUCAAGAACGUCGUGAAAGUCAACCAUGAGCGGUCUGUGGAGGAGCUGAAACUUCUGCUGCAGCGAAGAGACCAGGCGUUGUCGGAGCUUCGCAGUCGUGUUUCGACGCUGGAGCAGCUGCUGCGCUCCAACAACAUCGCCGUGCCGGAGGACAAGAGCUCAGCCGUUUUUCUGCCAGCUGGCGCAGUGGGCGCUCCGACUCCCGUGGACGAAGCGCAAAGCGCCGAGCUUGAGGAGCAGCUUCAGGAGCUCAGAGGCAAGCUGAAAACGACCUCCGAACAGCUGUGCGAGGCCAACAGAGAGAAGGAGGAGCUUCAGUCGCAGCUGCGCGACGCAGAGGAUGACAUGCGUCGACUGACGAUGCAGGCAAUGGAUGCACAAAAUGAUCGGGAAAGCAUGGAGUACGAGAGGAAUGAGCAGGUCUCCGAACUGCAGAAGCUGCGAAAUGACAACAAGCGUCAAGCUGAAGAACUGGAGGAGUUGGUGAAGAGCCACCAGAACCUCAUCCAGUCCACGACAGCCGCUGACACGCCCAGCAACAAAGGGUCGAGCAGGCUGCGUAAAGAAGCAGACGAGGAUAAAGAUCCAGAGAGACCUUUGAAGAGAAAGGUCUCGCAGCUGGACAAGAAUCUGGAACAGCUCACGGUGAUGUAUCACAAGCUGGUUGCUCAAAACAGUGGUUUGAAGGUCGAGGUUGCAGAGAGCGACAAGAAGAUCGAGCGAAAGGAUCAGCGCAUUCAACAGCUGGAAAGAAAUUUGCGGGAGGCGAAGCAAAAAUACGAGAAGUUGUUGACACAGUGCGCAAAUCUGACCGCAAUGAUUGAUGUGAGGGGGCGCAAGAAUUGUCCGUGUGGUGCAAGUGGCAACAGCUCUCAGGUCCGCCGUGCUCCGACCAUUGUGCGGCCUUUGCGCGGUGGAGUGGUUUCGACCCGCAGCGAAAACAGCACGGCGGAACCGGCGGGGACACCACCGGCAAUGUCACCCACUCCGCCGUCUGAGCAAGCAUCCACUCCGACAUCUUCACCUGUCUCACUACGAGGGGGGAUCAAAUCUCGCGAGGGAGUGCGGGCAAGGCAAGAUGCCCCGCGACAGAGCUGA